AUGGACAUAUUUAUACCACAUAACAAGGAAGGUUUUUACUCUGUGUUAUCGUGUGAACAGCAAGGCUAUCAAAACAUAACGAAUGGCCACUCAGGUAAACACCCUAAUGCAUUGGCUGCAUACGAGUAUGUACCAGGACGUCAUAACUCGCACAGGGUGUGUAAAGGAGUGGUCGAGCCUCGUAAUUCUUAUAUUGUGUGCCAAGAUCAUAAUUGUCAAAACUCGUUCCUCGAUGGUUCAAGAAUAUAUAACGCAACGGUUUUAAAAGACAAACCAAGCUUGAAAGACUUCAGAUCGCCUGUGCAUCGAAGUACAAACCACACGCCCGCGCUAAUGUUUUGGGUGGGCUCUCGGGCUCGCUUCCGCUCUCACGGUGUGGCAUGCGGCGCGCGCUCCACACAAUACAAUGUCAGGAUCAAGAUCUCCACGUAA